AUGAGGCGACAGGAUGAUGGAGAGCAUGUCAAAUGGAUGACCGGAGUCCAAGACGGCAAUGCAGGAAUUUGGACGUUGCCACCAUGCAUUGCUUUGGGUGACUUAUAUGGCGACGGAGACACCAAACUCAUUGUUGCUCAUUUGGGUCCAAGCAUAACAUCUCGUGUUAGUAUGAAACUUAAAGUGUUCAAAGGAAUAACUCUCGUGGCGGAGAGUGUUCUUGCAGAUUUUCCAACUGCUAUUGCAUCGUUCAUAAAUGACCAGACGUCGUUACCGGCUGUAGCCGUAGCUUCUGGCUCUUCACUGUUGAUUUAUAAAAGUUUACGUCCGUUUUAUAAGUUCACAGUUCCAUCUUCUCCAAUUCAUCAAGUAGAAGCAGAGGCUUGGCAUAAAGCUGGACAACAAGAGCUUAGUUAUGACGACUUGUUCGUUGUUAUCACGAAUUUGGUUGGCGAAAUUUCUCCAAAACGUUUGACUUCCGUGUCUCAGACCUUGUUGAUAACUCCCGAAGAGUACCGUACAGAAUUCAUUGAUAAGUACUCGCAGAAAGAACUAUCAAACCCCUCGCCAAUAACAUGCUUGUCCACUCUCAAGAAAUCAACAGCUGAUAACUUGGAUAUGCUUGUAUGUGGAACGGAGUACGGGUCAAUACACAUAAUCGAUUCACAAGCUUUCUCCACAGUUUCAACAAUCAAUCUGCCUUCAGUGCCGGUCAGCAUCGUUCCAUACGGUGUUUAUGAUGUUGAUUAUAGAAUAUUUGUGUCAACGCGUAGUUCACAGAUAUUUUCUCUCAAAAGAGAUAUGGAAAACGUCAAACCAAUCAUUACUUGUCGAUCAAGUAUUAUUGGAUUUGCACGACUAAAUAAGACGUUAGCUGUUGUUUGUUCGAAUAAUACUCUAACGUACUACUCGUUCAAAGGAAAAUUCUUAAAUUCCAUCAAAAUCAAAGAAGGAGAAGUACAGUCAAUAGAACCCUUUCAUUAUGCUCCUAAACAGUAUUCAGGAGUCUUGAUUAUGCUUUCAAAUGAGAUACGAUUAUACAACGAUCAAUACUUAUUAGAUGUAAUUAAGUCUGAUAAGUCUCUUCAAUGGAUAAAGUUUGGACAAUUUGGUAGAGAGGAAGCAACUCUUAUAAUGGGAACACAAGAUGGAGGAAUUCUUGUUAAACUAUUCCGAAGAGUGGCUACAUUCAAAGAACAGCAGGAUGUUAAUCCUCAUCCAAUGUCUCACAAUAUCAAAUUGAAUAUACCAAAGAAGACGAAAGUCUUUAUCGAUCAGACCUUACGAGAGAGAGAGCAUGCAGGACAGAUUAUCCAGACAUUCUCAAAGGAUUUAUUCCUUCUUCGAUAUCAUACAACCAAAGCUUAUGCUGACAUAAGUACAAGUAAUAAGAUGGCUGUAUCUACAACAGCUUCAGAACCAAUUGAAAUAUCGGUUGAUAUCAAUGGAUUUGGUCCGACAUUUCGAAUGACGAUUAAUCUGACAAGCUCAUCUAAAUCACCAAUGUACAAUAUGUGGAUAUCAAUAAUUGGAAAUGAGAAACUUUAUAAAAUAGAAAAUCGUCUUAUACCCGUCUCUAUCUUAACAUCUGGCAAUUUUUAUACAUAUACAACACUAAUUCAUUGUAUAUCACCUGAAAAGGGUAUAUCAGAUGAUAUAAGAGUACUACUUGUAAGAGAAGGCCGCACACAACCAAUUGUCUCAGCUCAAGUCAUAAUGCCAAUAAGUGAAAUGAAUCUUUUCGAUUAA